AAAGAGUUGACUCGCUCUCAACUCCUGACCUGCUCUCGUUUGCGACUUCCCAGAGUCUGCUGCGCCGACCGACACCCCGUGGGUUUGCUCUCAGAUCACGGUUUCCAUUUUUCCUUUCAGCCACGGCUCGCUUCAGGGUUGGCGCUUCUGCCAAGCACCCUUCCUGGAAGCUGCAUCAUCGCUGCGCUGUCCCCUCCAAACGCGCGCUCGCUCUCGACUCACCUCUCCACGCUCCUGGUCUCGGGGGUGCUGUGCUCAACACCCGGUUACGUUGAAAUGCUAGAGUACGCCGGACAGUAUGACCGAAACAAAUAUGAAGUUGGAAGAUUGGCUGGAUGACUUGUGUGUCCGGUUCAUCAUUAAUCUACCCCGCGAAGAAUUGGAAUCCGUCGAACGCAUCUGUUUCCAGGUGGAAGAAGCGCAAUGGUUUUACGAGGAUUUCAUCCGGCCGUUGGACCCGGCGCUUCCCUCGCUGUCGCUCAAGGCGUUUGCGCUGAGAAUUUUUCAACAUUGCCCGCUCAUGUCGCAAUGGUCUCACUAUCACCACAUCACGGCCUUCUCGGAGUUCUUGGCCUACAAGACCCGUGUGCCCGUCCGCGGAGCCAUCCUGCUGAACUCGGACAUGGAUGAGGUGGUGCUGGUCAAGGGCUGGAAGAAGGGUGCCAAUUGGAGUUUCCCACGCGGAAAAAUCAACAAGGACGAGAAGGACCUGGACUGCGCUAUCCGCGAGGUCUAUGAGGAGACGGGCUAUGACGUUCACGAAGCCGGGCUAGUCAAGGACGAGAAGGAUGUCAAGUUCAUCGAGAUCACCAUGCGAGAACAGCACAUGAGGCUGUAUGUCUUCCGAGAUGUGCCUCGCGAUGCGCACUUUGAGCCUCGUACAAGAAAGGAGAUCAGCAAGAUUGAAUGGUAUAAGUUGUCGGAACUGCCGACGUUGAAGAGGAGCAAACAACAGGACCAAGGAUUUGCGGUCGCGAAUGCGAACAAAUUCUACAUGGUCGCCCCGUUUAUGCACCCGCUCAAGAAAUGGAUCGCCCAGCAGAAAAGACUCGAUCCGAAGACUCACGUCAGCACCAAGCAAGCGUUGCAGGUUGAAGCGGAGAUGUCGAUGGACGAAUCUCUCGCUGCUCAUAAUGUUAUGACGCCAGAUCAAGCGCCUGUGGAGAUGGCUGCUCCGAGCACAUUACCCGAAGUUACAUCCCCUCAGGAUGCGUCGGUUCAUUUGAAGCGUCUUCUGAACAUCAAUGCUGCGGCGGUGUCGCAAGAUCCUGCUUCCCUUGUGCAACCACCGCAGGCUUCCGGCCCCGACCCCUCAAAGUCAAAUGCUCUGUUGGAGCUCCUCAGGAGUGGUUCUUCUCGUGGACCCGCGCCGCAAGCCUCUUCAAGUUACGAGCAGACAUCACCGCCGCACGUUACAGCGGGAGCUGCUCCCUCGCAACGUCAACCCUAUCCAGCUGCGCCCUUAUUUCCGGGUUUCCCCCAGGACCAAUAUCACGGACUUGAUAAACUGCCACCACACAUACCCACUCCGCCGCAGCAUGGACCGAUUCCUCACCUGCCACCUGGCGCCGCUCCUCAAAUGAACCCGCGUGUGCCUCCUGGUGUCAUUCCCCAAGGAUUCUCCAUGAGCCCUCGGGGUCCAUUGCCAGGACGCCAGGAGAUCCCAGAUUUCGCACAUCGUCCGCAUCCCGCACAACAUUAUCCCGAAGCCGGUCACGCCUCGGCCCCCUACCAGCGGACUGGAGACCCUCAAUUUUCUCAGCAAGCGCAGCCUACUCAUGUUCAAGGAGCUACUGUGCCUCAUGCCAGUAAGCUGCCGCCGCCCAAACUCACAAGCCAUUCUUUGGCGCUUUUGAAUGUUUUCAAGGAUGAGAAGACAAGAACUCCCAAGACUCCCAAAGCCACUCUGGCAUCAACUUCAGAGACGGCACCCCUCGGCGGCCGCAAAUCAUCACAACAUCAAGACCAGUUGUUGAGUCUUCUCAAAGGUUCGCCUGGCGCGCCCGUUGCGCCCGCUCCCGCCGCUCCCGAUCCGGUGGAAUUGUCAGCUCACUCCGUCUCUCCCUCUCGCAAACAAAUUCUUCAGCGCCCUCGUGAUAACAACAGGCCCCAGUCGCCCGCAACUCAUGCCAGGUCACCUGCUCCGGCGCCCAGCGCGUACGCUCCAAAGCAGACUCCCAAGAAAGCACAAAAUGGCUCGAAUCGGAAGACGAAUAAGGAAAGAAAAUCGCAAAAUCUUUCUUCGCCGAUAACCAUAUUGCCCAGGCCACAGAGUGCCAAGAAAGACCACACGCCCACAUCAGUGGCAGCGACCCAGUCCUCACGGAACUCCUCUCGAUCCCGCCCAGACCAGAAGACAAGAACCCCAGAACCGUCUAAGCCAUUCCAGCCUCAAAUCCUUCGCCGCUCUGACAAUCUUGACAACAUCCUUCCGGUACGAACGAAGGGUACUCCCGACCCGGAACAAAGCGGUUCAGGCCAAGAAUCUAAGCUUCAAGGGGACUACGAGCGUCGCCCAAGUCAGAAUCCGUCCCAGAGGGAGACUCUGCUCUCUCUUUUCGGCAAAGCAGGUGCUUCUCCUGGGUCAUCCCCAGCAGAGCAACUUAAUAUUCAGACGGCGGUUCCGAAAACCUCGGGGAGUUCCCCCGUUGUCAGCCCCCUCUCGCCUCUCAACCAGCCUCCCGGAACUACAACACACCCCGGGGCAGCAAACUUGGAUAUCAACGCCAGCAGAGUUGCCACUGUAUGUGCCCGCUGUCUAAGCCGCGGUCGGCUGUUCUCGACAACCGCACCGUCUCGUGCCUCGCAGAAGAACGAUGCCCUUCCUGCCUCCCCGCCGACAACUGGCUACUCGCGACUCACGAACCGGGGCCUGAUCUCGAUCUCAGGCGUCGACAGCACAACCUUUCUACAGGGCCUGAUCACGCAGAACAUGCUUGUCACUAACGACCCGAAUCGCGCAACCCGCCACACGGGCUCCUAUACCGCCUUUCUCAACUCCCACGGCCGAAUCCUCAACGAUGCAUUCCUCUACCCGCUGCCGGAGACCGGGGCGUCUGCGUCCGAAGACCCCGCGUGGCUCAUCGAAGUCGACAAGAACGAAGUCCCCAGCCUCAUGAAACACCUCAAGAAGCACAAACUCCGCGCGAAGCUGAAGCUGCGCGCGCUCGACGACGGGGAACGCACCGUCUGGUCGUCCUGGAAGGAGCACACCGAGCCCCGCUGGGCCGCAUAUAACCUGGAAUCGCCCGCCUCGUCGCCCUUCUCCGCCUCCUCCCCCGUCGCAGGCUGCGUCGAUACCCGGGCCCCGGGCUUCGGGUCCCGUAUCAUCACGCCUGGCGCGGAGGACCUCCGGGCCCAUCUCCCGGACGAGACGCACGUGGCGGGCGAGGAGGUGGAUCUGGGAUCGUAUACGGUGCGGCGCAUGCUUCAUGGCGUGGCUGAGGGCCAGGCGGAGAUUAUUCGGGAGUCGGCGCUCCCCAUGGAAAGCAACAUGGAUAUGUCGCGGGCCAUCGAUUUCCGCAAGGGCUGCUAUGUGGGCCAGGAACUCACCAUCCGUACCCAUCACACUGGUGUGGUGCGGAAGCGCAUCUUGCCCGUCCAGCUGUAUGCGGCUGACCAGGACGCUGUUGAGACUGGUGAAUUCCCUGUCUAUGAUCCUUCCGUCCAGCUGCCCCUACCCCCGAGUGGGUCCAACAUCUCUAAAGUCAGUGCACGGAGAGGUCGCAGCGCAGGGAAGUUCCUCGGUGGCGUCGGAAACAUUGGCCUCGCGUUGUGUCGCUUGGAAAUGAUGACUGAUAUCGCGCUCACUGGCGAAGGGACUCAAUACACUCCCGGGCAAGAGUUCAAGGUGUCGUGGACCGGGGAGCAGGAAUCGACCGAUGCCCAGGAGUCGGGAGAAGUGAAGCUCAAGGCCAUCGUGCCAUCUUGGACUAGAGAGUUCAUUUUCUCGGGUGGAGUGAGGAGCUCUCAUAGUAACCGUGGCGACGAGGGCCAUCGGGCUAGAGAUUUCGUGGAACAGCUGGGCGAAGAAGAGGAAGCCCGACGCCAUGAGUGAAGACUUGAUGUAUUAUCAUACCCUCCUGCGUGUAUAUAAUCGAUAAAAAUGAAAUGUAUUAUAGUUUAGAAGAGAUAUCAGGUGGUGAUUGCG